AUGGACUGGCACUCCUUCAGGAGAGCUGCCCUGCUGCUCGCUUUCCUGGUGGUGCUUGAAGUUAACAGCGAAUUUCAAAUCCAGGUAAGAGAUCAUAACGCCAAAAAUGGUACCGUCAAGUGGCAUUCCAUCAGAAGGCAGAAACGAGAAUGGAUCAAGUUCGCUGCAGCCUGUCGGGAAGGAGAAGACAACUCAAAAAGAAACCCAAUUGCCAAAAUUCAUUCAGACUGUGCUGCAAACCAACCGGUAACAUACCGCAUCUCCGGAGUAGGAAUUGACCAACCACCUUAUGGAAUCUUCAUUAUUAAUCAGAAGACUGGCGAAAUCAAUAUAACAUCCAUCGUUGAUCGUGAAGUCACCCCCUUUUUCAUUAUCUACUGCCGAGCACUGAAUGCACAAGGUCAAGAUUUGGAGAAUCCACUAGAGCUUAGAGUCAGGGUGAUGGAUAUAAAUGACAACCCUCCUGUGUUUUCAAUGACUACGUUUCUAGGACAAAUCGAAGAAAACUCUAACGCAAACACACUGGUAAUGAAGCUCAACGCUACCGACGCUGACGAGCCCAAUAACUUAAACUCACUGAUAGCCUUCAAGAUCAUAAGACAAGAGCCUUCUGAAGCACCAAUGUUCAUCAUCAACAGAAAAACUGGAGAAAUCAGAACGAUGAAUAAUUUUCUAGACAGAGAGCAAUACAGCCAGUAUUCUCUUGUGGUGAGAGGCUCAGACCGUGACGGUGGGGCAGACGGCAUGUCUGCCGAAUGCGAGUGCAGCAUCAGCAUCCUGGAUGUCAAUGACAACAUUCCGUACUUGGAGCAGUCAUCUUAUGACAUCCAAAUUGAAGAAAACGCACUGCACUCCAAUCUACAGCAGUUCAGAGUCAUUGAUUUGGACGAAGAAUACUCGGACAACUGGAAGGCAGUCAUUUUCUUUGUCACUGGGAAUGAGGGAAAUUGGUUUGAAAUAGAAAUGAAUGAAAGAACAAAUGUAGGAAUUCUGAAGGUUGUCAAGCCCCUAGAUUAUGAAGCCAUGCAGAAACUACAGCUUAGUAUUGGUGUUCGAAAUGUAGCUGAAUUCCACCAGUCAAUUAUUUCUCAAUAUAGACUCACAGUGACUAUGAUCACUGUGAAGGUAUUGAAUGUCAUCGAGGGCUCCGUGUUCCGACCAGGUUCAAAGACAUUUGUGGUAAACAGUAGAAUGGACGCAAAUUAUAGAGUGGGGGAGUUCACAGCUACAGACCUGGACACGGGUACGACCUCCACCAAUGUUAGAUACGUAAUGGGAAACAACCCAGAGGGCCUGCUGGCUAUUGACUCAAGAACAGGCAUAAUAACUUUAAGAAACAGAGUUACCAUGGAACAAUACCAAAGGCUUAAUAAGAGAUAUGAAGGAACAAUUCUAUCAAUAGAUGAUUCCCUUCAGAGGACCUGCACUGGAACAAUCAUCAUUGAACUUGAUGGCACUGGCUGGGAAACAGGUGGUGGUGGCGGUGGCAGUAGUGGUGGCGGUGGCGAUGGUGGUGGCCAAGUGACUAAUGGAUAUAAAGACACUUCCACUGAGGAACCGCAACGCAGCACAUUACCAAGGGAUAUUGACAAUACUGACACUUUCCAAGCCUACGAAGACAACGUUCACUUUGGUCCUGCCGGCAUCGGUCUGCUCAUCAUGGGGUUCCUAGUCUUAGGAUUGGUCCCAUUCUUGUUGAUCUGCUGUGAUUGUGGAGGAGCCCCUGGUGGUGGAGCUGGAUUCGAACCUGUUCCAGAAUGUUCUGAUGGAGCAAUUCACACAUGGGCCGUAGAAGGGCCACAGCCUGAACCCCAUGAUGGUAUAACCACCAUCUGUGUGCCACAAAUGCCACCUGGUAAUGCCAAUAUUAUAGAAUGUAUUGACAACUCAGGAGUUUAUACAAAUGAAUAUUGUGGCAGAGAAAUGCAAGAUCUGGGAGGAGGAGAAAGAACUACAGGAUUUGAACUGGUGGAUGGAGUUAAAACAUCAGCUGCACCUGAGAUAUGCCAAGAAUACUCAGGAACAUUAAGAAGAAAUUCAAUGAGAGAAUGUAGAGAUGGGGGCCUCAAUAUGAAUUUCAUGGAAAGUUACUUCUGCCAGAAGGCCUAUGCGUACGCAGAUGAAGAUGAAGGACGUCCUUCCAAUGACUGUUUGCUCAUCUAUGACAUCGAAGGCGCGGGCUCCCCUGCAGGCUCUGUGGGCUGCUGCAGUUUCAUCGGAGAAGAUCUAGAUGAAAGCUUCCUGGAUACCUUGGGGCCCAAGUUUAAGAAGUUGGCCGAUAUCAGCCUAGGAAAAGAAAUAGACUCAUACCCAGAUCCCGAUCCUUCUUGGCCUCCUCAGAGCACUGAACUGAUUUGCCCCCAGCGUACAGAGCCCCUUGCUAGUGGACACCCACCCAUCUCCCCACAUUUUGGCACUACCACAGUAAUUUCUGAGAACACCUACCCCUCUGGCCCUGGCGUACAGCAUCCUAUGCAAAUUCCUGAUCCUCUGGGCUAUGGUAAUGUCACUGUGAGGGAGUCCUAUACCACCUCUGGCACUCUGAAACCCUCUGUCCACUUUCAUGAUAACCGACAGGCUUCAAAUGUGGUGGUGACAGAGAGGGUGGUGGGCCCCAUCUCUGGUGCUGAUUUGCAUGGGAUGUUAGAGAUACCCGACUUGAGAGAUGGAUCAAAUGUUAUAGUGACAGAAAGGGUAAUAGCACCAGGCUCAAGUCUACCCACCUCCCUAACCAUUCCUAACCCUCUAGAGACCUCAAAUGUAGUUGUGACAGAAAGAGUGAUCCAACCAACUUCUGGCAUGAUCGGCAACCUGAGCAUGCCCCCUGAGUUAUCAAGUGCCCACAACGUGAUUGUGACAGAGAGAGUGGUUUCUGGUGCCGGUGUAAGUGGAGUUACAGGCACCGCUGGGAUAGGUGGGGUUGGAGGCAUAGGCACCAUGGGUGCUGGUGGAGUAGGUGAUGGUGGCACCGGGAUGAGCAUGGGAGGGACAGCCACCAUUGGCCACAUGAGGAGUUCCUCUGACCAUCACUUUAGCCAGGCAGUUGGAUCUGCCUCCCCUAGCAUGGCUCGAAGUCGAAUCACAAAGUACAGUACAGUGCAAUAUACCAAGUAGUCAUGAUCCCAGAAUACAGUUCACCACCAUCUCUGUGAUUUACAUCCAACUCCUGCCCUCCAAAUCUAAGAGUGCAAUUUACGAUGCAGAGCAGGCUAUAAGGAGACUGUGGAGUAAGGAAGAACCACAGUGACAGUAACACACGGAAACAUCACCAUGGAGAAGAGUGCUCCCUAGCAGUGGUAAUUUUUUUCUCAUAUUAGCACUAAGGAAAUAAUGACAGUGAACUUGAGGUACAAUCUUAUCUGUGGCUAUGUGAUCUACAGGGUUGUCUGUGCUUUUUAAUGUGUGCCCUGUAGGGUAUCACCAGCAUGUUGAAUAAAUAAAAUGUGGCUACAUAAACGCA